GCACUCGGUUGUCUCCUGCCCCCGCCCCUCCCUCCUUUCCGGGCUCAUCUCUGACGUAGUGUGAUCUUGCUCAUCCCUUCCAGGCUGUGGGCCUGUUUUCCCUGUGCACGAUGAGGGUCCUGGCUGUCCUGAGGACGCUGUCCGGGCGCCGCCAGGGGUGACCGAAUUUAGCUCUGCUAGGACUGGUGGGAAAUGAGCUCCCUGUCGGCGUGUGCCAGCCGCCUGCGCGAGGCGCCACAGGAGAGGGCGCGCUUCUGUCGCUCUGCCGCCCCCAGAAGUUUCCCGGGAACCGACUCCACUGACUCGCCCCUCCGCGCCCCACGCGUGGCAGCCUAAGCUCAGCCUCCAGAUUGGAGGAGACCGCGGAGGGAACCCUGCUGGGGUCUGGGCCCAGGGCGACGCGGCCCGAGCAGAUCGAGGGCCGACCCCUCCAAGACCUUGCUCUCUGGCCUCGGCUCCUCCCUUGCGCCCGCCCUCCCACGUGGGGCCCAGGUCUGGGAAUCAGCGCUCGGGGGUGGCUGGGGACAACCGAGAACGAGCUUCUUCCCCGGCACGCGGGCGGAAUGGCUGAGCCCAGCCUGGAAGCCCCGGUCAGGUCCUUGGGGGCGGGCGGGCUCGCGAAGCACAGGGCGGAGACAGCCGGGAGCCCAGCCUCCCGGGCUGGGCCGCCCUCCCCUUCCCCGCGCCGGGCCGGGGAUGGGGGUGUGGUCCCAAGUGCACAGUGGCAUCAAGCUCAGCGCGAGCUCCCGGGAACGCUCCAACGCCUUCAGCCUGUUUCCCAGGACCGGUCCCCGGCUUCGCGCCCCAAUUUCCAACAGCCUGCCUGUCCCCCGGGAACGUUCUAACAUCCUUGGGGAGCGCCCCAUCUACAAGACACUGUCCUGAGAACGCUGUCAUCACCCGUAGUUGCAAGUUUCGGAGCGGCAGUGGGAAGCAUGCGGGACUACGACGAGGUGAUCGCCUUCCUGGGCGAGUGGGGGCCCUUCCAGCGCCUCAUCUUCUUCCUGCUCAGCGCCAGCAUCAUCCCUAAUGGCUUCAAUGGUAUGUCAGUCGUGUUCCUGGCGGGGACCCCGGAGCACCGCUGUCGAGUGCCGGACGCCGCGAACCUGAGCAGCGCCUGGCGCAACAGCAGUGUCCCGCUGCGGCUGCGGGACGGCCGCGAGGUGCCCCACAGCUGCCGCCGCUACCGGCUCGCCACCAUCGCCAACUUCUCGGCGCUCGGGCUGGAGCCGGGGCGCGACGUGGACCUGGGGCAGCUGGAGCAGGAGAGCUGCCUGGAUGGCUGGGAGUUCAGCCAGGACGUCUACCUGUCCACCGUCGUGACCGAGUGGAAUCUGGUGUGUGAAGACAACUGGAAGGUGCCCCUCACCACCUCCCUGUUCUUCGUAGGCGUGCUCCUCGGCUCCUUCGUGUCCGGGCAGCUGUCAGACAGGUUUGGCAGGAAGAACGUUCUCUUCGCAACCAUGGCUGUACAGACUGGCUUCAGCUUCCUGCAGAUUUUCUCCGUCAGCUGGGAGAUGUUCACUGUGUUAUUUGUCAUCGUGGGCAUGGGCCAGAUCUCCAACUAUGUGGUAGCCUUCAUACUAGGAACAGAAAUUCUUGGCAAGUCAGUUCGUAUUAUAUUCUCUACAUUAGGAGUGUGCACAUUUUUUGCAGUUGGCUAUAUGCUGCUGCCACUGUUUGCUUACUUCAUCAGAGACUGGCGGAUGCUGCUGCUGGCGCUGACGGUGCCGGGAGUGCUGUGUGUCCCGCUGUGGUGGUUCAUUCCUGAAUCUCCCCGAUGGCUGAUAUCCCAGAGAAGAUUUAGAGAGGCUGAAGAUAUCAUCCAAAAAGCUGCAAAAAUGAACAACAUAGCUGUACCAGCAGUGAUAUUUGAUUCUGUGGAGGAGCUAAAUCCCCUGAAGCAGCAGAAAGCUUUCAUUCUGGACCUGUUCAGGACUCAGAAUAUUGCCAUAAUGACCAUUAUGUCUUUGCUGCUAUGGAUGCUGACCUCAGUGGGUUACUUUGCUCUGUCUCUGGAUGCUCCUAAUUUACAUGGAGAUGCCUACCUGAACUGUUUCCUCUCUGCCUUGAUUGAAAUUCCAGCUUACAUUACAGCCUGGCUGCUAUUGCGAACCCUGCCCAGGCGUUACAUCAUAGCUGCAGUACUGUUCUGGGGAGGAGGUGUGCUUCUCUUCAUUCAACUGGUACCUGUGGAUUAUUACUUCUUAUCCAUUGGUCUGGUCAUGCUGGGAAAAUUUGGGAUCACCUCUGCUUUCUCCAUGCUGUAUGUCUUCACUGCUGAGCUCUACCCAACCCUGGUCAGGAACAUGGCGGUGGGGGUCACAUCCACGGCCUCCAGAGUGGGCAGCAUCAUUGCCCCCUACUUUGUUUACCUCGGUGAUUACAACAGAAUGCUGCCCUACAUCGUCAUGGGUAGUCUGACUGUCCUGAUUGGAAUCCUCACCCUUUUUUUCCCUGAAAGUUUGGGAAUGACUCUUCCAGAAACCUUAGAGCAGAUGCAGAAAGUGAAAUGGUUCAGAUCUGGGAAAAAAACAAGAGACUCAAUGGAGACAGAAGAAAAUCCCAAGGUUCUAAUAACUGCAUUCUGAAAAAAUAUCUACCCCAUUUGGUGAAGUGAAAAACAGAAAAAUAAGACCCUGUGGAGAAAUUCGUUGUUCCCACUGAAAUGGACUGACUGUAACGAUUGACACCAAAAUGAACCUUGCUAUCAAGAAAUGCUCGUCAUACAGUAAACUCUGGAUGAUUCUUCCAGAUAAUGUCCUUGCUUUACAAACCAACCAUUUCUAGAGAGUCUCCUUACUCAUUAAUUCAAUGAAAUGGAUUGGUAAGAUGUCUUGAAAACAUGUUAGUCAAGGACUGGUAAAAUACAUAUAAAGAUUAACACUCAUUUCCAAUCAUACAAAUACUAUCCAAAUAAAAAUAACAUCAUUGUAUUAACGCAAA